AUGGAUCCGAAGCGUCAACUUAAAAUAAAGACAGGUGUACUAAAAAGGUAUGUUUCUUUUGCGGAGAAUUUUUCACAAAUGCGACGUAUGUAUAAUAAUAAUACUCUGCCUUUUUUUGGUUGCACUAACUAUAACUUGCGCGUUAUGUUGAGGAUCGUUAUUAAAUAAUAUUAUUUGACUUACGCUUGAGCUUAAUUUGUUUUUCAAACUUUGAUAAUCUUUCCUUCUUGUUUAACAUUCGAUUCCCAAGUAAGGGUGGCAAGCUAUGCCACCCUGUUUAACUGCCUUAAUUCCAUGGUCAGCAUCCAUUGUUUUCUUAUCAGCUGUGAUCUUUAUGGCCGUGAUCUUGACGUCCCUUUCCUUGAUCAAUCGAAAGUUGUCUUUUAGUUUGUCGUUUGUUUAUUAUUGCGUGUAAUUGCCAAAAGAAAAAAAAGAAUAUUUCAUCAAAUGUCGUGGGGCUGACAUGAAUUUCUUAAUGAUCCCAUUUUCUAUUAAGAUGGUUGUGAGGUUUGUAACUAUCAGCAGAGCUUUAUAAGCGUGAAUUUGAGUGAAAACCACCGCUUAUAAGAACUAAAAGAAGACAAUAGACCUUUGUCACGCGGUGAACGAGGCUAGCUGUGCAUAAACAAAGCUUUUUAAAUCUCCUGAGAUAAAAUGACUGCUGCGUGACAAAGGUCUAUGGAGGAUGUUCCAUUUUUUAUCCGCACCCGGUAAAGAUGACUGAAAUCCAAACCCUCGAAUUUUUUUGGCACCUUUGAAAAAUUUGUCCAAGAGUCCAAAUUUGUCGACUUCUUUGAAGAAAAAAUCUGAACCCUCCUGUUCGAAAACCCAUCAUCCUUUGGGGGGGAUAAAAAUAGAAUGUUCCUAGUGCUUGUAUAUCUGUUAUGGAACACUUCACCCUGACAGCAGGGGAUUUCUUUCGCUUGCACAAUUUUUUCCUACUUGAGAAAGAGUCUGCAUAGAUCGAGUAAGAUCUUUGAUGAGCAUGUGCAGCAUGUUGCUGGGAUAUAGUCUUGAACCAGGUCUAGUUGCUGUGCACUUGUUACAGCAUGCUCUGUUGUGACCAUUAGUUUAUCAAGAAACGGAUGCUCAUUCUUGAAUAAACCAGUUUGAUGACAGAAAACAAGAUGCCACCUCAAAGCCUUGACACCAUUUAGACAGAGCCUUUUUUCCCCUCACCCAAGAAGACAAAAGGAAGAUCUGCUUGCAGGGCAGGGAACACUUCAUCUGCCAGUGAGCUUUAUUUGAGACCUCCCAUUGUUUUUGAUAACUUUCGAACUAUGAAUAUUAUAGUUAUCCUCUUCAUACCCAACAUUCUGUUAUUCCAUUUAAUUGAUCACCUCAGACAUGUACACAUAGUACAAUGUUCUGUCAAAUCUCUUUAAUUAUACUGAAACCUAGACAGAAAACCAAAGGGACAGUAGCCUUUGAUUCAGGCGUACUUGAUACAUGUAGGUGAGUGGCCUGUAUGUUUCAGCCACAACCUGUGAUUUGGAAAGCAGAGGAAGAUUGGGGAGAGUGGAACAAAUAAAGCAGCAUGCAAAGAAAGCUGUGUCUGAUAGCCUGGGCAGGGUUGUCACUAAGAUUUCAAGUUGCCGGGUAAAUACAACAAGUAGGCGGGGAAUCGAACAGCUAGGAAUUUCUUUUGGUUCUAUUUUUCUUUUAUUUUCCUUUGAAAGUAGCCGGGGAAGACGUUCGUAGUAGCCGGGGGAAAUCCCCGGCCCCCGCCUCUUAAUGACAGCCCUGCUGAGGCUAGUGGAUUUUACUAUCGGGCUAGUGAAUUCUGUUCUUAACUUGUCCGCCUGGCAACUGAAAUUUUUUAAGGAAUUCAAAUCAUAUAAGAACUGUUAUCAACCCUGCUCAUCAUCAGGCUAGUUAAAAUGACUUUUGUGCUAGUACGUGCUAACUACAGCUUGCCCGAAUGGUAAGCUGUAAACUGACUUUCUUUGCACCCUGAUAAAGUGUAGGGAAGGUAAGGGGUUGAAGAAGAUAUGCCAUUUUCUUACUUGCUUUCUUUGCUUCUGUCUUUCCCAAGACACAACUGCAGUGCUUGUGCAUCCCUAGAAAACUAGCAGUAACCAAUGGUUAGGAAGUGCGGGCAAACACACACUGUUACCUUAGAGAUGUGAUUGAUGAGAACCGGUUUCUAAUUUGCAGAUCAAGCAAGGAAAAGGUGAUGUAUGAAAAGGAAGUUGUAGAUCAAACAGCAAAAGUUGAGAAGAUGAAAGAAGAGAAAAAGGAUGAGCACGACAUUAAGAAACAGGUUUGUUGUGUGACAACAUUAGAAUUAUUGUGCGCCACAGUGAAGAAACUUCGUAUUUAUGCACAUAAAAACUCUUAUUUUCUAUCCUGUGUUAAUUAAUAAUAUUUCUUUAUGUGGAGUUUCUGUCAAUAUUUGCUUGUGAUGCUAUGUAGUUGAUUAAUCUAAGAAUACAUUAAUAACUUUUNAAAAGGAAGUUGUAGAUCAAACAGCAAAAGUUGAGAAGAUGAAAGAAGAGAAAAAGGAUGAGCACGACAUUAAGAAACAGGUUUGUUGUGUGACAACAUUAGAAUUAUUGUGCGCCACAGUGAAGAAACUUCGUAUUUAUGCACAUAAAAACUCUUAUUUUCUAUCCUGUGUUAAUUAAUAAUAUUUCUUUAUGUGGAGUUUCUGUCAAUAUUUGCUUGUGAUGCUAUGUAGUUGAUUAAUCUAAGAAUACAUUAAUAACUUUUUAUUUAUAAAAUCUAUGAGUUCUUAAAGGCAUUAUUUUCCAAGAACAAUGUUCCUACAGUUCUUUAGUCUAAGACUAAUUGUGGCUUCAAUUAAAUUACAGAUAGAAGUCCUUGAAGAGUCCAAAGUUAUGAUUCCAGAUUGCAAAAGGAGAAUUAAGACUGCCUAUUUAGACCUGCAGGAACUUGUGGUAAUUGAUAGUGAUUCAUCCAAUGAACAUUUUGAAACUUAUGCUAUAUAGCUUUUACCACACUCUAUGUGUAGUUCAUGAAAUUAUUAAUUCAUGAUUAGUAUCAAUUGUUAGUGGUUAAGACAUAAAGAGGAAAAUAUAAGUCCGCCGAGAGUGUGUUCUAUGCUAAAAAUCUAAAAAUCAUUGUCUUCUAGGUCCUGGAAAACUACUAAAAAUUUCCUUUUCUCUUCACUUUCCUGGAUUUUUAUAGAUAUUUUAUUGCUGGAUGAGUAUGUGGUGUCAUAUAGGUUGCAUUGUAGAAUAGGAACUGUUAAUUUCUUGAGGAAAACUACUGUUACAUUUACGUAGUAAAAGCCUUUUACAAAAUAGUGAAAGGUUUGUGUUCAGUGUUCUGUUUUUCUUUUCCAUAUUGGACCUUGAAAAACUUCUGGUAUUUCAUUCAUUCUCCCUCACUGAGAAACUCUGAGCAAUAUUGAGUUGAAUUUGUUGCAACAUGCAGUGUGACAGUCAAGAAAUGGCAAGUUCAUUUAGGUAGAAAUUGAUGAGUGAAAAGCCACAAACCACUAACACAAUUGAUUAUUUUUUCUUUCUUGACUUUAGACUAAAACAGAGAAUGAUCUAGGUGAUACAGAAGAACACAAAACUGCCAAGCAACUUUUGGAAGAAACCAAGCUAGAAGAUUAA